CGACAGGUGUAUGAACUCUGUGUUGGUUACUACAAAAGUUGUGGCAGUCACGGCAUAAACGAAGUGACUGCUAAAUUUUCCCCUUGGUCAGGAACACAACCACCAUCCUUUUACCAACAUGUGUUAGGAAAACAGUGGAACUUAGUAGUGGGAUUUAGGCAUUGUUAGGGUAAAGAAGGGCAUAAACGAUUUUCUAGUGUUCCGUUUUCGUUAUUUUUUACCAAAUCUGUGAGUUUAAGAUUGAAGAACGGCGAUGACGGGAGGAGUAUCUCUAUCGUGAACUUGUAAAUACGACAAAAUGCAUGACACUGGCCGAAACAUAAAUGCAACUGUUAGUAAGUGCUAGCACUGUGCUUUCUAUUUUAAUUAUGGAACUCGUGUCACUGCUGUUGAGUUGCCCGUUUUCUACAAGCACUGACAAUGUGCUUUAAAUUGAUUCAAUUUCUGUGCCACCAACGCGGUAUAUGUUGUUUCAAUGUCUUCCGUUUAUAAGGAUUGACAUGGUUUCAGGUGCUUCUUUAAAUUGUUUGUUUACGUUGUUUACGAAGUUAAUAAUCACAGACGUGAAUGAUUAAAAGUAAACAAAUAAAGGCAUAUAAUCCAGGUGCUUUGUGCUCGUGGAACUAUUUACCACAAUUAUGGAAUUGAACAACGGGGACGCUGCCGCUCAUGAUACAUAUGUUGGUACAUCCACUGAGAGAAGCAAUGAGGAAUGGAAAUUAAGAAACAACCGAUUUGGCAUGCUGAAACUUCCUAGCACGCCUAGUAAACCUCGGUCCUCACCCAUAAAACGUUCUGGUUCUUUUAUCUACCCAGCAAGCGAUCGGUUUAUACCGUCCAGUUCGAGCUCCGGUGCUUUUAGAAUGUGCAGUCCAGUCAAACGACAGUUUAUUGGGGUUAAAUCGAAAGCAAACAAAACCGCAGAUGAAUCGGACAAGCAUGAGCCCUUGCUUGCUUACGCUCUUGAGUUGGACGCAGAACCCAAAGUAUUCUCCUAUACACCGACUCGAGCAGAAGCAAAUACCCGAACGCUUCCUAGCAGGCAGAACACUCUGACUCCGAAAAAAGAAAAACCCGUUUCGCUGCUGCCUUCUAGAAUUUUGGAUGCCCCUGGUUUGCGUGAUGACUUUUACACAACUGUGCUCGCAUGGUCUCCCGUUGGUGACCUGGCGGUAGGGUUGGCAGAAAACGUUUACUUGUGGAAUGAAUGUGCGGGGCCCUCUUUGCUCAGUGAGGGAAAUGUCUGUGAUGUCAGCAGUCUUUCGUACUCGUAUACUGGUCAAAUUCUAGCAGUUGGUCGCGUCGAUGGAACCGUUCAGCUGUGGUCAAAAGGUGAAUCGCGACCCCGUAUAACGAUACGGCAGCCUGGCGAUGUUGGAUGCAUGGCUUGGCAACCUUUGCCUGGGGCCCGUCGUUUGCUGAUUGGAAAAGGAACUGGACACAUCUUACUGUACGACAUCGUUUGGGGGAAAACAAUUAGCAAACCCAUUUUUGUUGGUGAAAUAACAAACGCACACGAAGAACAGGUUUGUGGACUAGCGUGGAACCACGAUGGUACUCAAUUUGCUAGCGGUGGAAACGAUAAUAGGGUUUGCCUAUUUAACAACGAGGACUGGAAGAAGCCACUUUUUGUAUGGCGACAUAAUGCCGCUGUAAAGGCUCUUGCUUUUUGUCCCUGGCAAAAAUCUUUACUUGCAACGGGUGCCGGAUCGCACGACAAGUGCAUACGGUUUUUUAAUUGCUUCACAGGAAAAAAAGUGAAUGAGUUAUAUUGUGGAGCUCAAGUUACUUCAAUUCUAUGGUCGCCUCGACAUAAAGAAUUCUGUGCAUCAUUUGGAUAUUCCCUUGAAGAUGUCGAACAUCGGCUUGCCGUUUACAGUUGGCCGCAACUUCAAUGCAUUGUUUCCGUCCCUCCGACUUGGUCGGAUAUGCGAGCAGUUUAUGCCAUCAAUACGUCCAAGCUAGAUGAAGAGUCUGGUGCUGUCGAGCCCGAUUGCACUGUAAUUGUGGGCAGCAGUGAUGAAACUAUUAAGUUUUUUAACCUUUGGGGUGAUGGACAUUGGCACAACAGACGUGUCAUUGCCUGGCAUGGUAUUUUUGACAGUAAGAUUUUAGAAAUGAUGGAAGGUAUUGACUCCGAAAAUGGCUUCCAAAUUCGAUAAAUAUUUUUUCCCCUAAAGCUUUUUUUUCAUUUUAUUUUAGCUAGUGCUUUUCCUAAAAUUAUCAGUCGCUGAAUGUGGUUUUCUAGCACUUGUCCAUCAAAGCUAUCUGAGAUUCGAACAAUAAUAAUAACAACCUUGCGAUUUUUGAGGAGAAGAGAUCUUUUACAAUUUCUAAUAAGUAAUCUCAAUUCUGCGUUUCUCUUGUUUGUUCGACAGUGCGGGGAUAUUUUACUUCAAGCAUUUACGAAUGAUGAGUUUGCGUAGUUCGAAAGAUUUGAAUUUUCUUAAUAAUUUCUAAUUUAGUUUUUAAGAAUGCUUACAUUUCAUUAGGUAUUUCUAUUUUUUUAUAUCCGCGUUCUUAAGAAAGGUAUCGAAUUAUAUAAUCAAAGAAUUAACAAAAUAAAUUUAAUUCAUAAAUAAUUGCUGUAACGACUUAAUA